AAGAAAGUUAAUGUGCUGUGAACAAACCUGUGAAGACGAGAUGAUGCAGAACAAGAUUCAACUCGUUGUUUUGCUCGCAGAAAUCCUGUCGAAGGCUUCAUGUGACCCGUAUCGAUUCGUCCUGAUUGAAGAGCCGAAGACCUGGGCAGAAGCGCAAUCGUACUGCAGGGAGAAAUACACGGAUCUGGUGACGGUUCAGAGCGAUGCAGACAGAGCCAAACUAAAGGAGGCAGUAGAUGCUGUGAGCUUCACAUCUGUCGCCUGGAUCGGCUUCUAUAAAGUUUUUUGGCUUUGGUCGCAUCAAAACACGGUUAUAAGCUACGCGAAGUGGGGUAACCAGGAGCCGAACUUGCUCAAAACACAUGAGGCCUGUGCAACUGUAAGUGAAUACGAACAAUGGAGUGACACGUCCUGUACUGAACUAAAAUACUUCUUUUGCCAAACUGACAAACAGGCCGAACUUAAGGACAAGUUUAAGUACACCAAAAAGUACAUGAACUAA